GCUUUUUUUGCCCUUUUCUUUUCCCGUUUGCCUUUUUCGGGUCAGCAGUAUUGUUUUGGUCCGUUUGCUUCUUUCCCAUCUCUUGUUUUCCUCCCCAAUACUCACAAUUUUAAUAUUCACUAACACAGCAAUAACAGCGUUCUAAAAAAACAACAUCUAUAUAAUGUGUGGCAUUUCAGCGUUGAUUUUGGCAGACCAGUCGCAGGCGGCAGUGAGUGAGUUGCUCGAGAGCCUGGGUCUUUUGCAGCACCGCGGUCAGGAUGCUGCGGGCAUUGUCACCUGUGGUAGCAAGGGUCGGCUGUUCCAGUGCAAGGGCAACGGGAUGGUGCGCGACGUCUUCACUCCCCAGCGCUUGAUGGCACUCACCGGAAACAUGGGCGUGGCACACGUGCGCUACCCGACCGCCGGAACGCCGGCCGACUCGGAGGCGCAGCCGUUCUACGUCAACAGCCCCUACGGCAUCGUCAUGGGGCACAACGGCAACCUGACAAACGACAGCGAGCUGCGGCAUUUCCUCGACUACGAUGCGCACCGGCACAUCAACACGGACUCGGACAGCGAGCUGCUGCUGAACAUUUUUGCAAACAAUCUGCAGAAGACAGGCAAAUUCCGCAUCAACGAGCAGGAUAUUUUCACGGCAAUCCAGAGCCUGUUCAGCGAGUGCCAGGGCGCGUACGCGGCGACAGCGAUGCUGGCGGGAUUCGGCAUCAUUGGGUUCCGCGACCCGCACGGGAUCCGGCCACUGGUAUUUGGGCGGCGCAAGUCGCUGACGGCCGACGGCUACGACUACAUGUUUGCGUCGGAGAGCGUGGUCUUGGACGCGCUGGACUUUACGGACAUCGAUGACGUGCAGCCCGGAGAGGUCGUCAUUGUGUCCAAGUACGCCGUGACGCGGCGGCGGCUGGUGGUCGAGGAGAAGAUCACACCGUGCAUUUUCGAGUACGUGUACUUUGCGCGGCCCGACUCGACCAUUGAUGGCAUUCCGGUGUACAACGCGCGGUUGGACAUGGGCGUCAAGCUGGCGCGCAAGGUGCGGCAGGUGAUGGGCGAUGCCAUGGACAUUGACGUUGUCAUCCCAGUACCCGACACGAGCCGUGCGGCCGCGCUGCAGCUGUCGCACGAGCUGGGGCUGCCGUACCGCGAGGGCUUCAACAAGAACAGGUAUAUUGGCCGCACGUUCAUCAUGCCGGGCCAGGAGAUGCGCCGCAAGAACGUGCGCCGCAAGCUUAACGCCAUGCCUACGGAGUUCAAGGACCUCAAUGUGCUGCUGGUCGACGACUCGAUUGUGCGCGGCACCACGUCGCAGGAGAUUAUCCAGAUGGCGCGCGACGUCGGCGCCAAGAAGGUCUACUUUGCAUCGGCCGCCCCCGCCAUCCGCUUCCCCAACGUCUACGGCAUCGACAUGCCCUCGAUGAAGGAGCUCGUGGCUGCUGGCCACAGCGACAGCGAUGUUGCUGCCGCCAUUGGCGCCGACUACGUGUUCUUCCAGGACCUGUCCGACCUCAUUGACUCGUGCAGGAAGUUCAACCCCAAGAUCACCAGCUUUGACACCUCGGUCUUUGACGGCAAGUAUGUCGCGGGCAACGUGUCGGAAGAGUACCUGCAGAAGCUGGAGAACCGCCGCUCGGACGACGCCAAGAAGAAGGACGGCGGUGACGGCGAGGUCAUUGGCCUGCACAACUACCAGUAAAAGCCCGGCUUUAGUUCUGCCUUGCUUUCUUAGACUGCUGAGACUAAGAACUGCAACCAGGAUCUAGACUUUGACUGAGCGCUGUGCGACCCAGCGAUAGCUUUAGAAUUUUUGGCAUAUAUUUUUCACUUUGUCUUAGCCAAAACAAUGCCUAUAAAUCUCCCCCAGCCAAUUGAGCGCG